ACUUCGAAAAACGGUCACCGCCCAUCUUCUCUCCGUUCCUUCCCACCACGGCACCUGUGCACCUGCUGUACGGCCGCACGACGGCGUCACACGGCCACACUACCCCGUCACAGUCUCACAGAUAAAAGCCGGUCACUCCCGCCCCCAGUUCCGCCGCGCCUGCCCCGGUUCCGGCUCAGCCGCCGCCGCCGCCGUCAGACCCACCUAAACCCAGGCUACCAGGCCCGCCGCCGCCGCGCGCGGGGGCGUACGUGCUAUGGACCCGUCGUCCACGGCGAAGGCGGCCGCGCCGCCAAAUAAUGCGGACCACGUCCUCCUCAUCCCGCCCGACCACCAGCCGCCGCCGCCGCACCCGAGCAAUAACCAGCACCCGAACCCACCGCCGGCGGAGACACCCAAGCUCUCGCAGCAGAACCCCGAGAAGCAUCCGACCUCCAGCCCCUCGCGCCCGCCGCUGCCCCCCGCGGCGCUCCUCCGCCGCCGCUCCUCCAUCGCCAAGCCCAAGUCGCGCUUCGUGGAGCCGCCUACCCCGACGCACCCGGACUCCGCCCACACUUCCCCAGUCCACCCCGCCGCCGCCGCCGCCGCCGGCGCCAACGCCUCGCUGACCGCCACGCCGACCCAUCGCGCCGCCGCGGGGGUCUCCACGCCGCACACCCCCGCGGAGGCCGACGAGGACGAGGACCUCUUCCGCAACAAGGACGGCUCCCGCGCGCCGGCGUCCGCGGCGCGGUGCCGCCGCCGGGCCCGCCUCGGCCUCGAGCUCUGCGUGCUCGUCCUCUUCCUCGGCCUGCUCGUCGUCAGCCUCGUCGUGCCGCACCUGCAGGGCCGCGUCCUGUGGGGGCUGGAGAUCUGGAAGUGGUGCGUCAUGGUCAUCGCCGUCUUCUCCGGCCACCUCCUCAGCCAGUGGCUCGUCACGGUCAUCGUAUUCGUCGUCGAGCGCAACUUCCUGCUGCGCACCAAGGUGCUCUACUUCGUCUUCGGGCUCAAGAAGAGCUUCCAGGUCUGCCUCUGGCUCGCGCUCGUGCUCAUCGCCUGGUCCCAGCUCUUCGACAGCGACGUCGGCCGCUCCCGUAAGACCGCCAGGAUCCUCAACUACGUCUCCAGGUUCCUCGCCUCCAUGCUCAUCGGCUCCGUCAUCUGGCUCGUCAAGACCUUCCUCAUGAAGCUGGUCGCGUCCACGUUCCACCGGAAGACCUUCUUCGAUCGGAUCCAAGAGAGUGUGUUCCAUCAGUACGUGCUGCAGACGCUGUCGGGCCCGCCGUUGAUGGAGCUGGCGGAGAAUGUGGGGCGGGAGGGCAGUGGCCUUGGGCGGGUCAGCAUCAGCAGGUCCAAGGACAAGGAGGAGAAAGGCGUGCCGGAGGUGAUCGAUGUUGGCAAGCUCAGGAGGAUGAGUCAGGAGAAGGUCUCAGCAUGGACAAUGAGAGGGCUCAUCACAGCAAUCCGAAGCUCUAGGCUGUCAACCAUAUCUAAUACUCUCGAGAGCUUUGAUGAUGUAGAUGGCAUGGAACAGAAGGAUAAAGAGAUAAAUAGUGAAUGGGAGGCCAAGGUCGCUGCAUAUGCCAUAUUCAAGAAUGUCGCAAGGCCCGGCUACAAGCACAUUGAGGAGGUGGAUCUGCUGAGAUUUUUCAGCAAGGAGGAGGUGGACCUUGUGAUUCCAAUGUUUGAGGGAGCAUCAGAGACCGGAAAGAUAAAAAAGUCUGCUCUAAAGAAUUGGGUGGUGAAAGCAUACCUCGAUCGCAAAUCUCUAGCACAUUCUCUGAAUGACACAAAGACCGCAGUUAUGCAACUUCACAACCUCAUCAGUGUUAUAGUCAUCAUUAUAAUCAUCAUUGUUACGCUACUGUUGAUGGGCCUCGCGACAACCAAGAUCCUUGUUGUCAUCUCAUCCCAGCUUCUGGUUGUGGUAUUCAUAUUUGGGAAUGCAUGCAAGACUGUAUUUGAGGCCCUUAUAUUUGUAUUCAUCAUGCAUCCAUUUGAUGUUGGUGACCGCUGUGUUAUCGACGGAACACAGAUGACUGUCGAGGAAAUGAAUAUAUUAACCACUGUUUUGUUGAAGAAUGACAACGAAAAGAUAUAUUAUCCAAAUUCUGUGUUGUCCACAAAGCCAAUCAGCAACUUUUACCGAAGCCCUAACAUGUAUGACACGAUUGAUUUUGCAAUUGAUGUUUCAACUUCAGUCGAGAGCAUUGGAGCUUUGAGGUCCAAAAUUAAAGGGUACUUGGAGAGCAAACCAACACAUUGGCACCCUGUCCACACAGUAAACCUGAAGGACAUCUUGGAUGUGAACAAGAUCAACAUGUCUCUGUGUGUCCAGCACACCAUGAACUUUCAAAACAUCCGGGAGAAGAACAUCAGGAGGUCUGAGCUCGUUAUGGAGUUGAAGAAAAUAUUUGAGGAGAUGAACAUCCGGUACCAUCUUCUACCCCAGAAAGUUGAACUCACCUAUGUCAGUCCAAACCCACUGCCUAUGGCUGUUUCUCAUACAAGAUAGAAGAUGGGUGAAGACGAGGUGUUAUACUAACAACUUAGAUCAGUUUCGUGGGAUCUGACAAUAGAUGGCUAGUUGUGCAGUCUUUUCUGAAGUUCUUAAAACUCUGCACAGUAGAUAUUAGCUCGUAUAAUAAUUUGUCAGAUAAUGGAUUUGUAAGCGGUGAUGGUACUGAUGAUCGAUGCUUUGGGAUUGGCUAUGGUUAUCUAGACCGUUUGGUGCAUCACAAUCGAAACUGUUAGGAAAUAGUCACCAACCACAAAAUGUUCAAGCAGCACUGCAGCAGUGGGAGAAGCACUGUCAAUCCGGUCAACAGUUUAUUUGGCCACAGUGCAGGGAAUAUGAACAAUCAUCAUGGACCGUGCAAAUGUUUUCAUGUUACAUUUGUCAUUGACAGUUCAUGUGGACCGCUCAUGGUGACAUGCGACAAGAACAUCUGAACACUUGGUGUCUUGCACCAUGGUUUUUGCCUUCCUGCUGUGUCUGGGUGCAGGAGGAUGGAUUGGCUUUUCUGGAUAAUGGAAAAGUUCCGGGCUCUGCAUCUUAGAGCAAGACUAAUAA